ACGGCCCCGCCGAGGCAGGGCCCGGCCCCCCCCGACCCGGCGGAGGCGUGAGGGCUCGCCAUGCCGCUGGUGAAGAGGAACAUCGAGCCCCGGCACCUGUGCCGCGGGGCCCUUCCCGAUGGGGUGACCAGUGAGCUGGAGUGUGUCACCAACAGCACGCUGGCUGCCAUCAUCAAGCAGCUGGGCAGCCUCAGCAGGCACGCGGAGGACAUCUUCGGGGAGCUGUUCAACGAAGCCAACAGCUUCUACAUGCGGAUGAACUCGCUGCAGGAGAGGGUGGACCUGCUGGUCAUCAAGGUGACGCAGCUGGACUCCACCGUGGAGGAAGUUUCGCUGCAGGACAUCAACAUGAGGAAAGCCUUCAAGAGCUCCACGGUGCAGAACCAGCAGGUGGUGUCCCGCAACUCCAUCCCCAACCCGGUGAUGGAGAUGUACCAGCGCUGCGACAAACCCCCGCCGCUCAACAUCCUCACACCCUACAGGGAUGACAAGAAGGACGGCCUCAAAUUCUACACCGACCCCUCCUACUUCUUCAACUUGUGGAAGGAGAAGAUGCUGCAGGCGACAGAAGACAAGAGGAAGGAGAAGCGCAGGCAGAAGGAGCAGCGGCUGGUGGAGGACUCCACCCGGGAGGUGAAGAAAGUGAGGAAAGCCCGCAACCGGCGCCUGGAGUGGAACAUGAUGGCGUAUGAUAAAGAGUUCCGGCCGGAUAACAGGUUCUCACCAUCCCCCUAUCACAUGGCGUCAUCGGAAGGAUCACUGUCCCCAGAUAAUAGAUCCUACGCCUCGGACGCCGCCGACCACUCCUACCCGGCCAGCCCCAACCACCCGGCGCAGCUGCUGGCCCCGGCGGCGCACCUGGCCGCGGCGGAGCACAAGGAGGGGGUGCUGGCGGCCACCAACCCCCCGGAGCACGUGUUCCGGCCGGCCGCGGGCAGCCGGCAGAACAGCCUGACCCGCCUGCAGCAGCCCCACGCGCCGCCGCCCGCCGAGGCCGUCCUCAACGGGCCCAGACCCCACCUCGUCAAGGAUUACGGCCCGCAGCCCGUGCCCAUGGCCGAGUACUUCGUGCCGCCGGCCCCACCGCCGCCGCCGCCCGUCAUCCCUUCGGCGCAGACCGCCUUCGACAGCCCCAUCUCGGCUCCCCCCGCGCCGGCCCCCGCCUCGGCAGCAGCCCCGUCCUACGCCCCGUCGCCGCCCCCGGCGCCCCCCGGGCCCUACUCCGCCUCCCCGCCGCAGAGCGGCCCCAUGGGGCCCCCGGUGGCUCCGCCGCCGCCGCCGCCCGGGCCCCCGGCCGUGUCCGCAUCGCCGGCGCACUCCGCAUCGCCGCCCGCGCCGGAGCCGCGGAAGCCGCAGAUCCCGCUGAUGCCCAUGAGCGACGCCCGGAGCGACCUGCUGGCAGCCAUCCGCAGGGGAAUCCAACUCCGGAAAGUCCAGGAGCAGUGGGAACAAGAGGCCAAAAAAGAGCCCGUGGGCAACGACGUGGCGACCAUCCUGUCGCGCCGGAUCGCGGUGGAGUACAGCGAGUCCGACGACGACUCCGAGCUGGACGAUAACGAGUGGUCGGACUGAGGGGCCCCGGGCCGGGCUGGGCUGGCUCGGAGCUCCCGGCUCCGUUCCAGGUGUGUAUAGGCACCUUCCCCAACGUCGCCGCCGGCGGGCGCGGGGGGUCCCGCCCGCUCAGGAGCUUUGCUUUUACACCGUGUCCAAAACCCUUCGGGCAGCAGCAGCAGCAGCAGCACUGGUAGGAUACGCCUCGGAGGCAGUGAGACCAGAAAUUAGCAGCACCUUCACAGUUAAUGACCUCCAAAAUUCUCUGAAGGCAGGUUAAUAAGAUUACUCCAGAUUUACACCUGGAGCAAGGCCGGAGAGUGGCGCUGAGUGUGCAGAGAGGAGGGAGCCCCAGAGGCAGCAGUGCUUUUCCAGCUAAAUGUUAAUUGCGAUAACAAGAAGCUCCUGGAGAAGAAGCCUUGUUUGCACGGCUGGUGCCACCAGGGGAGCGCGGGGUGGCCCUGUGGGCUCGGGGACACUCUGCUGCUGGCGGUUUUGGGGUCAGGCAGCUCCAAGGGGCAGGAGCCCCCUUCCCUACAGAGCAGCACUCCAUGUUUAGUAGCGGUCACACCGUUGUGUUGUUGCUCCGUGGACAAUCGUGGAAUGCUCUGGGUUGGAAGGCGCCAUCCAGUCCAGCUAGAGCUGGGACACCUUCCACUAGAGCAGGUGGCACGGGCAGCCCAGGGUGCUGGUGACCUUAGGCUGUAUCCACCCUCGGAGCUGGUUUUCUAGGAGCAGAGGGGGAAGGCGAGGCUGGCAGGGAGACACAGCCUUGUCUGGGCUGGUCCCAGGAGAGGUGUCCAGGGAGAUUCCCCAAGCCCAGCUCUCCCUGGCCUUAGCGUGACACCCUUUCAGUGUUAUUUGAGAAAAAGUGAAUCAGGCAAUCUGCUGCUUUCAGGUAAACUCUCAGCGUGCACUUUGCAGCCCCACAAACUGUGCCUGUGCAGCUGAGACCAGCUCAGACCCAGGCGCUGAUUCCCCCUGCCUGAUCCUGCUCCGUCCCCUGUCCCACGUUCGGACACUGAUGGAGGUGCUGGGUAACCAGGCUUUUAUUUCAGCACUGAAAAUACCCAUCAAAACAGAGCGUGACCCGUGGAAGUCUUUCCACUGAGCUACAAAGGGAGGAGGCACAGAGGAAGGCAGAGCAAAGGGGUGUGAAAUACUGGAAAUACCACGGGCAGGUGUGAAAACCUGCAGAGAGCUGGGAGAGGUUCCCCACCUGUGGAAAACAGGCCAGGACCAGCUGUGGCUUGGGCAGUGGGAUGGUCCCAAACCCACCCUUGUGCUCCCCCGUACCACGAGUCCCUGGAUGGGGAAAGCCUGAGCUCUGUGCCCAAUUCCCUGCCUCCCCCAGUAUCCCUGAAGGAGAUGGUUACUUCAGCAGUGCUUUGACUCUGGAGAAGCAGCCAGACCUGUAAAAGAGGUGGGAGGCUAUGGCUGAGACCCAAACGCUGAUCCUUACAUUCGCAAAAUCCCAAAAUGGUUUGGGAUAAAGAGCGGCUCAUUCCAACCCCCGGCUGAGGGCAGGGACCCCUUCCACUAGGCCAGGUUGCCAAUUUCCUGGGAAAUGCUGGUGUUGAGCAAUGUCCCAAACAUCUGCUCAUUUGCCCCCAGUGACCGACCCCUCAUGGCCAGAUGUGGUGAAUCCUCUGCCCAGCUGCUGGGAAAUGCCCCCCAGGAGCUCUCCCUGCUCCUGAGUGGCACAAAAUGAUCUCCUGUCCCUUGGGUGUGACACCUUCCACACCUCCACAGCCGGGCUGGGAGCCGUGGCGCCGAGCGGGCUUGAGCAGGGGCGCAGAAUGGAUUUGGGGAUGUGGGAGAGGGCAAGGCAGGAAGCAGCAGAAGGACAGGAUACAUGGAAUAACUCAUCUGCAAAACCCCAGGAGCAGCAGGGACCAGAGGGGGCAGGGACACACCGUGCCCUGCAGGUGGCCAGGAAAUUCCUGGUGCUCGCUGAGAGCUCUUGAUUCUGAUGUUGACCCUCUGAGGUGCAGGGAAAGGGCUGCAAGAGCUUUUUACAGAGAGCCCCUGCGAUGGCCAGGACCUGCUUUUCUCGGGAGGGCAGCUGCUGUUUGGCCUGGAGCAGGUUCAGAAGGAAGCUGUGUAAAAAUUCAGGGCAACGCUUAAGGUGGUGUUUCUGGUGGAGCGUCCUUAAUGCAGAUGCAAUCACAAAACCGUUUGUAAGUGCAGGGAAAUUUGGUUUAUUCAGGUAAUUUAGGAGGAGCAGUAACCUUUUGUGAGAGAGAGAAAAUAGCAGGGGCUGGAGGAGCUGCUCUUACCUGUUGCAGAGGGCGAGGGGCUGCAGAGUCACUGUGAGACCCAGCAGAGCUGAGGAGUCCCUGGGAAAAAGGGCUCAGGGACACCGAGGGCUGGCUCAUCCCUUGGCUCCGUGACUGUCCCAGUUCUGCGGAGCUGAGCCAGUCCUGGUGGGAGCUGGAGAGCUGCCCAGUGCCCCUAAAAGCUCGGCUCCCUUCUUGUCAUGCACCAGUUGCUUUGUGUGUGUGUCACGUGGGGCCGUGGUAACUGGGGCAGGGCUCCACGGGCGUGUGGCAGUGUCCCUGGGCCCUGUCACUGCCCUGUCACCCCACAGCACCUGUGCUGGGGCUGGCAGCUGCCAGGAGGGGACCCUAAAGGGUGUUCAGGUCACCCAGGCCUUGCCUGCCCUGUGCUCAGGCCACAUCUGCAGAGCAGGUACGCAGCUGGCAGCCCCAGGGGGGCAGGAAGGGCUCACCCCCGUUCCCUCACGUCUUUGCGUCCUUGCACCGUGUCCCCACGGGCAUCCCAGCACGUGGUCACCCACCCUGUUCCGCCGAAGGAAAUCCCCCGAUGACACAAGCCUGGGGCCAGCCAGCAGCAGCGUGCCCUCCCAGCGCUGCCAUCCGUCACCAUCCUCCUCCUCCGGGGACCAGAACCGCCUGGAAACCCCUCAGCUGUCUCGGUAGCAGGGGUGGGAUUCCCCCGUCCUCAUCCCAGAGAGGUGUCUGGUGGAGCAGGAACCUCAGGGUGGGCUUGGACACCCAUUUCUGCUCUGACCGUGGCUCUCCCAGCCCCUCCCCAAAACACCACAAGGCAGGGAUCAUCCAGGUGGGAAGAGACCUCCAGGACCUCCAGAGCCGGAGCGUUAAUGCCACACGGCGGCACUGAGAGCCCCAAUCCCCCGAGAGCCCUUCCAUCCCCAGUGCCUUCCCCUGAGGGACUCGGCCACGCCGGGCCACCUCCAUUUGAGGCAGGUUCACCUGGAUUUUGCUCGGGUGACCUUUGAAGUGACACCAAUUCCUCGGCUGCUCCGGGCUGGAGCCGCUGGGUUGUGCCACGCUAAUUAACGCUGUCUGUGUGCCCCACAUGCUGCACGCUCUCUGUUUGGUACAUACGUGCCUCUUCCUGUAGGUUCUCCCCAAAGUAGGCCACGCCGUGUUACACAACCCGAAACGCUCAAAUCCUCACGCGGGCUGGUAUAAAAGUGAAUAUUUGAAUAUUUCAUCUGGCUCGGCAGACGUUAAAAAACGCAAUCCAGGUCACAGAUGAUUGAAUUUCUCCUCUCUCAAGAGUCCCAGAAUUGGGCUGAGGAGAUUCUCCUCUACAUUGAGGUAUCGUGUUCCCUGCUAAAAUAUAGCAGUGGCAUUUCAUUGCCAGGGGAUGAUCACAGAGUGCCAAACACUUAAUGAGCCCAACCGAUCUCCAGAGAGUCCCUUUUCCCAUUUUAUCUGCUUCUCCCUGCUUGCCAAUUUAAGGGCAUAGAUUAAAAAUAAUAAACACGGCCGUCAGCGGCGCAGGGAGGAAACAUCCAGUGUCCAUACAGAUGGAUUGGGCUGGAGCCAGUGGAACAGCAAAUGAACCAUUGUGGUUCUCCUUGGAGAUACUGAUGGAAGGCUGUGAUCCUUGAGGUCCAUCAGGAACCUCUUGGAGGUCCCAGGCUGAUCUGAAAAGGGCCUUUCCAGGGCGCGCUGUGCCCGUGGGGAAGGCUCAGCAGGUGUGACGGCUGCUCCUGCUCGGGUUGCUGGGGGCUGGUGGAAGUCCUGCAGUGCUCACUCCUGGCACCGCGCUCCGUGUCCCCCGGGCUCAGAGCGACCGCUGGGGCUGGCUGGUGGCUCUUAAAGGAUCAGUGGCCUGAAGGAAGGCUGGAUUGGGCAAUUUCUAAUUAAUUUCCCACCCGGGGAAGGGACUGAGAGAGGAGCAAUCACCCCAUCCCACCAGAGCUCCUGCUUCUGCAGCUGUUUCAUCUUGGGAAGGUUUUACUCCAGUGACAAACUUCAGGCUGAGCUUGGCUUCUUCAGAGAGCUCUUUCCACAGAAGAGCCCUCAAAUUCCCCACCCCCCCGGCCACUUUUCCAUCUCUCUCUCCCUUUCCAGACACCCAACAGCCUGCACAGAAGCUUUGCAGACUCCCCCGAGCCUGAAUUAACCCCUUUAAUGCCGGGUGGAAGUUUUGCUUGGAGGGAGGCAGGUUGUAGCACUGGAGGUGGCAUUUUUGGAGGGCGCGUUCCAGAGGUCCCCAUCUGGCAGGAACUCGGCGCCACUUCCUUGUGGAUGGGCCAGGGGGUGGCCAUGGGAAGCACUGCCCAUGAUGGGAGGCUGGCAAGGGGAGCACAGGCUGUUCCUUUCACUGAGAUUCCUGCUUUUCCUGUAGUAGUAGUUAUUUAGGGGUAAGGUUUUCUCAGCUGGAAUGUCACUUUACAGGUUAAAAAAGAAAAAAAAAAUAUAAAAUAAAAUAAAAGUAAGGGCAAGGAGUCUGUCCUGAGGAGUUUACAGUCUACAGCAAAGACCACGUAACCUGCACUGCACUUUAGAAGCCUCAGAUGCCCACUCCCCCGUUCAUUUCCCCUCGGCUGGGCGGCAGCACCUUGAGGACUGUCGUCCCUUCCCUCGGUGACCCCCGAGCAGCACCACAGCCGCUGGUGACAGCACCGCGGCUCUCCUGCCCCUCGCCCCCCACGCAGAAGUGCCUGAGCCACGUCCAGGAGAGCCAAGCCAGGCUGGGUUUGUCCCUGCAGGGCUCCCUGUGCCCUCUGGCAGCCCCCACGCCAGCUGUGCUCCGUGGGAUGAGCACGGGCGGGGUGGGAGCGGUGCUGGGAGCCCCCCUGCAGCCACCCGGCCACCCGCAAUCCCUGUGGCAGCCUCUGGAAAACAUCCUCUUCCAGACACCUAAAACCCACACCUGGGCUUCGAAGCAGUUCAGUCUUUUUGAGGAUCGGAGGGGUUUGGUUUUCUGUGCGAGUCUGAUUGCUCCCAGGUUCUCCAGGCUCCUCUCUCUCACGCUCCCCCUUCUCUGGGUGAGAAAUGUGCCUGUGUUUUGCUAGCCGAGGGAAUAAAUGAGCCAAACCUCCGUCGUUAGGAGCUGCAGGGAGGAGGUGCUUGCCCCAAAGCCUCGGGGCUGUGCCCAGGGGCAGGGUGGGACAAUGGGAUGUCCCCAAGGGAGGACGCGGUGGUGGCAGUGCCACCAGGCAGAGCAGAGCCUGCAGCAGGGCCGGUGCUGAGGGAAACCCCCAGGCAAGAGCUGCAUGGAAAUGUCCCCCGAAGGCAGAGCUGAUGAGACAUUACCCAAAUCGGUGUCUGAGACACCGACAGGACCCUGCUGGCGCUUCACCCUCCCCUGGGCAUCUCCCGGCAGGGAUCCUCUAACCCCUCCCUCUUCCCAGGAGCAGGAUUAAACCUCUCGCUGGUUCUUGUGAGCCCAAAUGUGUGUGACAGGAGCCUUUCCCUGCACACUUUUCCCCCUGUGGAAAUUCCCGGGGGAGUUUUCAGCUCAGUGGUAACCCCAGCACUCGGUUCUGUCCGAGGCUGGGAGCGCGGAGAGGAGGAAAUGAGGCAGGAGGAAACCAGCCCAGCGUUUUAGGUUGGUUGUGCUCACGUCAGCCUGAGCAGGAGAAACCUCAGCCAGGUCAAACCCUGAGCAAAGCCACGGAGGGCAGCGAGGGGAAUCGAUCUGCGUUCGGGGUCAGCGUGGGAUCCAGCUGCGGCAGGAAGGAGCUGAGGCAGGUCCCAGGGGAAGCUUUCUGCAGGUGAGGAUGGAGGAACCGGGGUCAGAGAGGCUCUGCCCUGGGAGGCUCCUCACCUUGUGUGCAGCCAGGGAGCGGUGGAGGUGCCCACAGGGCAUUUCUGGCACGUUUGUCAUUCCCCCGAUGCCCUCCCUGGGGUCUGUCCCGGUGGGUGACAGCCCCAAAGCAUCCCUCAGCCGCUUUUGCACCCCCUUGGUUUUGGUGUUGAUUCUCAAAUAGAAGAAAGAUAAAAUGUGCUGAGAGGGAAAGGGUGUUGACCCACAGCUGUUUCUGCUGGAUUUCAACAGUCAAAAGGCAGCAGCUCCUCUGGACCAUUCAUGAUCCACAGACUGCAGUGAGUAAACCAUGAAGGUGGACAGUUUAAAAUUUGCCCUUUGAUUCGGGGUAGCUCAGUUGAGAAAUCUAAAAAUAAAAAAAAAUUUUAAAAACCACAUAAAUCUAAAAAUAAGCAAACAAACAAAACAAGAAAAAGCCAGGAAACUAAAAAGCAAACAAACAACUCACACGUGAUUUCCAGGAGGAUAAAUUAAUUGUUCCCUUUCCUUCCCUCAGCCCUCGAGGGAAGGUCAGACACAGCAACGCUUCCCAGUCAAUCAGCCACAGAAUGAAGCAGGUGCCGCUUCCAAAAACCCCAGGGAAGCGGAGUUUAAGGAAAAGCAAUAAUCACAGCACCCCCAGUGCAGCGAGGAGAGGGGCUCAUGCCACUACAGGAGGUGCUUUUUUAUUCCCUGGAGGCCCCUCCCCAGCUCAAGGGUUUCAAAUCCCAUCGAUUUUCACCUCUUGCUGGUGCUGGUGCAAUCCUGAUGCCUCAGCUGGGAUCGCUGACUCCGUGGAAAAUCUCUUCUUGCCAUGGAAAAGCCACAAAAGCCUUGUGUUAAAAAGGGAGAGGGCUUGGAGCCGGGGGCAGUCCUGUGAUGCCCGUGGAGAGCUGGUGGUCUCCUGCUGGCAGCAGGAGCGGCUUUGGCAGAGCCCUGCCCGGUCCCCAAAAAUCACAGCGGUGAGCAUCAACGCCCCCCGCGCUGCUCCCCCUCCAAAUUCCACUUUACACUGAGGUGUUUCUGCUCUGUCUGUAGUUCUGGCCACUUUUCCACACAUGGGGCUGCUCUUCCUGGUGUUGUUUUUUUUUUUUUUUUUUGGUCUCAGGUCAGAGCAGAUCAGGUGAAGAAAGGAAACCACAGAGUCCCAGAACUGUUUGGGUUUGCAGUCUGGUUUCCACCUUCCAUGAGACCAGCUUGCCCCAAGUCCCACCCAACCUGCUCAAGUCCCCACAAAUUAACAAAACCCUUUCCCUCAAAAUGCAUUUCCAGCACCUCCUGGGGCUGAUGGCUUCUCACCUCCACAGACCUUCUUAAUUUUGGGGCUGCCCGACUUGUUGUGGGGAUCUGCAGCAGGGUGUGAGUUCGGGGUGAUGCUGAGCUGCGCUGGCACCUUCCUCCCCUCUGCUUUCAGCUGUGCCCCGUCCCAGAGAGGGCUUGGAUCCGGAAUUCCUGCUGGGAACAGCCCGGGGCCAGGGCAGCUCCUGAUGACACAAAGUGCCUUUCCCGGAGGGAGCCUCCCGGGGCGGGUGGUGCUGCUGUGCUGGCAACGGGCACAGCUCACCUGGGCUGGAAACCUGGAGCUGCCCAGACCCCACGGGAUUUCCUGGGAUCCCCUGGGAUCCUCUGGGGUCCCUCCUCCCGCUUAGGGAGCGGCUUCCGCUCCGGUCGUGGCCGACCCAGGGAGAGCUGCUGCGGCAGGCUGGAGGUGUGGGAGCGGUGCCCAGGGGACACGGGAGGUGUGGGGAGGGGACGGAGCCUGUCACCACUGUGCUGAGGGACAAAGGCAUCACACACACGUGCUGUGGGUUGCUGCUGUCAUGGGGCAAGCGUUCAGGAGAGCCUUCCUCCUCCUCCUCCUCCUUCUCCUGCUGCUGCUGCUGCUGUCCCAGCCCAGGGCUGCAGGGACAAUGCCAGGAGCCAUCUCAGUCCGGCUUUCCAUCCUCCUUCGAGCCAGCAGGGGCACUGACACCUCUGGGCGAGGCCAGGUGCUGCAGCAGAGUUAUUUUGGAGGGAAUUGAAGGCAGCUGAGGAUCGUUCCCUGUGCCCUGCAGAUCAAGGCACCUCGGACCCCCAAACCCCUCCAGAAUCUGAGCUCAGGAGACCUCCUGGAGCACGGGGGCACCAACCCUCCCAAAACACAGCACCGGUGAGCAGCCGGCUCCAGAUGAGCGCUUUAAAAGCAGUUUUGCCCCCCUUUUGGCACCACCUGAUCACACACCGAGCCCGGAGCCAGGAACUGGGCUGCUCUUUGUGGAGCAGGGCUCCAGCUCUGCGGGGCUGGCACAGAGGGGGACAGGAACACCUCGGCAUCAGCGGGGCUGCCCCAAUGCUCCUGCAGAAGGCUCGGGUUUUAAACCACAGCAGGAGGAUGACUCCAUCUCCUCAGACAGGCGCCUUCCCAAGGGAGACUCACCCGCUGCAGGUCGCUCCGAAGCCGAGGCAGGGAAGGAGACGUUCGCUGCCUGCUGGGCUCCGUGGCCGUGUGCACUUAGUCAGUAGGCGUGAGUAGAUGUUGCUGCCCGUAUCUAUCUCCCCUACCCAGUUGCUACGUGUGAACAAGUGUAUUUCUCCCCAGUGUUGUGGGUUCUGCCUGUGGUGACACGAGGACGGACAGGUAGGGAUGGUGUCGAGCUUCCCUCCGUACAGGGCAGAGAGGAAACCCGGAUGGACCCGAGGCAACCGCUUGUGACUACAUUUGGUCAAGAAAUGUCAUCUGAACCCCUAAACUGUUGACACUUUAUGCAUGUGCUAAUUGAAUUUAAAAGAAGA